AUGCCAAAUUUCCUAAGCUGCCUGAGGAAGAGACAGCGUUGUUGUGCCGUCUUGACUGUCACAUCUACGUGGAAGAUUAUUAACUUUCUUUGGUAUUUGCUGCAGGUUCACGUGGAACAGGAGCUUUUGAUCUAUGAGGCUUUUUCCUAUGAUGCACAGCAAAGCCAGAACAACCUGAAAGUUCGGUUUAAAAAGGUACCACAUAAUAUAAACUUCAGAGAGAAGAAAGUCAAACAAUCCAAGAAAGACAAGAAGGCAGAGACUGCCACAGGAGAGGAACAGGUUAUUCCGAAAGCGAGGGUUGCUCGAUUCCGCUAUUUUGAAGAUAUUUCUGGAUACUCGGGGGUAUUUAUUUGUGGCCCGUCUCCUCAUUGGUUGUUCAUGACUUCACGAGGAGCUUUGCGCUUGCACCCUAUGACAGUUGAUGGGCCAAUCGAAUCGUUUGCACCCUUCCACAAUGUUAAUUGUCCAAAGGGCUUCCUGUACUUCAACAAACAGGGUGACCUUCGAAUCAGUGUGUUACCGACAUACUUGUCUUAUGAUGCACCGUGGCCAGUUCGAAAGAUCCCACUACGUUGUACUGCACAUUAUGUAUCUUAUCAUGUGGAAACUAAGAGGUAG